CACUGCUGACAACAACAAACGUGCGUCGUGAAGUCGUUGUGUAAACAAAAAUACGCAAAAACCGCAUCUCAUCCUAUUUUUUUGGAGUUUAAAAAUUUAUUAAAAAGUGAUUGUUUAAUUCAACAUUUUCACACCGUAAAAAUGUUCAAACUUAACAAGGAAGUUACCUUAACCGGCUACACCCUGCUGGUGCCCAGUGUCAGCGUUGGUAACGUCGCCCAGCUUGCCACCGAUCUGCUGAUCGAAACGCUCAAACUGGAGAAGAUCGGUUUACUGUGGCACCCGGCAUUGAUCCCGAUUGUUGGUCCACCGGCGUAUGACCAUGACCACGACCAAACCACCACAACUGCGGAAUUGUACCUGUCGGAGGAGCGUAAGUUGGUGGUUCUUCAGAUCCGUGCGCCCCUGGUCGGUGCACUACAGUCGGAUUUCCUCGACAAGUUGACGGAUUUUAUCCGAGACAAACAGUUGGCCGAGGUCAUCAUCCUGAGCAGCAGUUUCGCCCACGAGAACCACCAAGUUGGGGCACGACCGUACAAGUAUUUGGCCAACGAAAAGUUCCUCUCCGUGCACUCCGAGGCGGUCGAAGCGCUGCAGUGGAGCCCGCUGGAUGGGAACGUGAUUCAUGGAGGAGGAUACGCGGCCAAAUUGCUGGCCGCUUGUACCGGGAAGGAACUGGCCGGAUUUUUGCUGUUCAUGUACGUUUCCGAGGGUGACAAUACGGCAGAUGCUGUCCAGCUGGUGUCGCUGUUGGAUCAGCUGAAGAAGCCAUUGCUUCCGAGGGAGGAGGACGGCGGGAAGAUCAAGCUGGCCAUACCGAGCUCGUGGAAGCAUCUUUUUGGCAAUGCGGCGCCGGUUAACGUCUAUUGAGAAGGGGUGAAUAAAGCGGGAACUGGUGGUGGAGGUAAACUA